CAUGCGGAACCUGAAAGUGUGCAGGAAGAUUUAUUCACGAGCGAGGUCAUCCGAACAAAACGAUGCCUCUGUUUCGUUGGCAGCUCUGCGAAACGUACUGCACUUCACGUUCGCUGCUGCUAACAUAUCUCGUGAUUCUGCUGAGUUGUGGUAUGCCAGCCCAUUUUGGGCAGGCGACUCCCACCCACCAGAAGACUUCGACUGGAUGGUGGACUACCUCAACGACAUCUAUUCCGACGAACACGAAGCGGCAUACGACAUCCUUUUGUUACUAGGUAGCAUAAGAGGGAGCUACAACCCUGCUAAACAUCAUAUGUUCAUCGAAAGCCUCAUCGCCUGCAUGGACAGUAACAUACCUUUCCAUUUACGCCAUGCCGCUCUUCGCGCUGCUCACAGUGCCCGAGAAGAAAUCGCCUCGAUCGAUGCCAUUGAUGAUG